GUGAGAGAGUGUGUGUGUGUGUGUGUGAUUCUUUUUUCUCUGUGUGCCAGUGACCUCACUUGCUUUUCUUUUCUUUUCUUUUUUAAUCUCUCUUUCCUUUUGCCUUUUUCACCUUUCUCUAUCCUCCAUUUUCACUCUCUCACUCCCACUUCCAUACUCUCAAAAAACCAAGACCCCUUUUAAAGGAAAAGAAAGAAAAAUACUGUUUUUGAGUAGUGUCUUUCUUUUUAUUCACAUUUCAUAUCAGUGUUACCUUUUUUUUUUUUUGUAAUUUAAAACCCACUUAAGCCAAAGAAAAGGGUUUCUUGCAAAUGCCUAGACUUUGAAACUUUCAUUUAUCUGAUCUUUUCUUUAGGUUUCUCCUUGAAAGUACAAGCAAUGGCUAUAAUGGGCAAGAAGAAUGUGUUUGUCUUACUGUUGUUCUUUAUUAUGAUCUUGCUUCUUUUUGGUGGUGUCUCUUCUUCUCCUAUUAUUUCUACUUCACCUGCGAAGAUUGUAAGUGGGUUCUUUUCAAAUGCACUUUCUGUUUUCAUGAAAUGGUUAUGGUCUCUUAAAGCCACUAGUAAAACAGCGAUUUCUGGCCGUCCGAUGAUGAAGUUUGAGGGUGGGUAUAAUGUGGAAACCGUGUUUGAUGGAAGCAAGCUUGGGAUCGAGCCUUACUCUGUGGAGGUGUUGCCCAACGGGGAGCUUUUAAUUUUGGAUUCUGCUAAUAGUAACAUUUACAGGAUAUCUUCUUCACUGUCACUGUACAGCAGACCUAAGCUGGUUGCUGGAUCCCCUGAUGGAUACUCUGGACAUGUUGAUGGGAAGCACAGGGAGGCAAGGAUGAACCAUCCAAAGGGGCUUACAGUAGAUGACAGAGGAAAUAUUUAUAUUGCAGACGCCAUGAAUAUGGCAAUCAGGAAAAUAAGCGAUGCAGGGGUCACAACAAUUGCUGGAGGGAAAUGGGGCCGUGGAGGGAGCCAUGUAGAUGGAGCAAGUGAAGAUGCAAAAUUUUCUAAUGAUUUUGAUGUUGUUUACAUUGGAAGCAGUUGUUCUCUGCUUGUUAUAGACAGAGGAAAUCGAGCUAUCCGAGAGAUCCAACUCCAUUUUGAUGACUGUGCUUAUCAAUAUGAAAGUGGUUUUCCUCUUGGGGUGGCAGUGCUUGUAGCAGCUGGCUUCUUUGGUUACAUGCUGGCUUUGCUGCAACGUAGAGUGGGGAAAAUUGUUUCUUCUCAGAAUGAUCGGGAUGCAAUGAAAACGAGCAUUUCAGGGAGUCCAUAUCAGAAGCCUCUCAGAUCAGUUAGGCCCCCUUUGAUUCCAACUGAAGAUGAACAGGAGAAGCAUGAAGAAGGCUUCUUUGGGUCCCUUGGCAAGCUUUUUGCCAAUGCUGGGGCAUGCGUUGUUGAAAUUUUGGGAGGAAUAGUUCCUGGUUUUAGGAAGAAGCCACUAAACUAUCAAUACCUAAGCCAGCAGCAGAAGCACUCCAGCACUUGGCCUGUGCAGGACAGUUUUGUGAUACCGGACGAAGAUGAGCCUCCCUCAAUUGAAACCAGAACCCCGACACCAAAGAAAACCUACCCAUUCAUGUCGAAAGAUGCAGAAAAGAUGCAUCAAUGGAGGCAAGGUCGGGCUUUUUAUAGUGGAUGGGAUGAUGAUUUUCAGCAACAGCAGCAGAAACACCAGCAUCAUCACCGGUAUCAAUCUGCCAUCCCACACACUUACUACGAGCAGAGCUAUGAGAAAACAAAUGAGAUUGUGUUUGGGGCAGUUCAGGAGCAGGAUGGGAAGCGGGAAGCUGCAGUUGUUAAGCCAGUUGAUUAUGGAGAUUCUGUUUACAAUCAGCAAAGUAUUCGCUUUCGAACCAGUUCUAUGGGUUACAGUAAUGGGUUUUGAUCAUAUACAAAGAGAUUUUGGAGUUACGACCUUAUUUGCCCUUUGAUAUUUAGUCAUUAUAAAAUUAGGAUAUAGGAGUCAAGAUUUAUUGUUGAGAGAAUGAAGUAUUUGGGAGAGGUGCUUUAGUGUGCCUUGAAAGGUUUUAUUAGGUAUGGUCAAAAUAUUUUAGGCCUGUUGCAUAAAGUGAUACUUCUGUAAAACUGGUGGAAGACAUGAAACAAUGUUCAUUCUUUCUCUGCA